GAGCACAUUUCAAGAUGGCGUCGAGCAUGCGCUGUAAAUUUAGUCAUGGAUUCAAUGCAAAAAAGGGAGAAAAUUUCAGUAUUAUUUUCUUAGAAAUAUUUACCUCAUUCUUUAAUAAUUAAUUUCAAAUAUUAACGAUUGUAUGGAUGAUAAAGAGGAAUUGUUAAAAUGUCUCGGGGAAAAAAUAGAAUUAGGCAAAAUUGCUGUCGACAAAUUAAACGAGGCGAAAAAUGUUGAAGGUGUCGAGAAGCUGGUUAGAAAAUUUAUGCAGGAAAUACGUUUUUUAGAGAAGGUACGCACGGCAGGAACAGUGAAGAAGGAACAUCUACAAAGUACAAAUUUAAUACAUUUAAAUGCAAUUGUUGAAUGUUUAUUUGCGGCAAAUGAGCCAAUUCAUGUACUAAAGCCAUUUAAUUAUAAAAAUUCACGCCUGGAGGUGGACAUUGUUUGUAAAGGUGGUUCACAAUGGAUAAAAGUAAUUGCGCGAAAUGCACGCGCUCUGACAUUAAUUUCAAAGGGAAAUGGCGAGUAUGGCCAAAAGUCGGUAUUAGAUCAGGCCAAUUGUUUUUUACAAUGCGCAAUUAAUCAUCCACACAUGUAUCGUUCGCCGGAAGUUGUCUUUCAUUUUGCCUCCGGUAUCGAGAUCCCCCUCGCGGAGAAACUCGAAAAUAAAGGCAUUGUCGUUAAAGGCGAAAAAAUUCCCAGCCGAACAUCAAGUAACGAAGAUUUCAGUGCCUCGGACGAUGAUUCAAUGGAGGAUUUUUAUUUUCCCGAUUUGGAUGUGUCGAAUCGAAUAGAUCCGGAGAUAAAAUUAUUGAAUUUGGAUGUGUCGACGUUACUCGCCUAUGUGACGAAUAUGACAAAUGGUCACGCAAAUUUUGUUUAUAAGGAACCAUUAUUGACAACGCAGGCCGAAUGGGAGAGAAAUCGGGCUGUAAAACCGAUACUCGAGAAAUUGUUUCAAGAUAAAGAGCUUGUUGUUUGUAAAACGGCUUAUGAGAAUUUUAUGAAUAUUAUCGAAGUAAUUGGCGGGCCAAAUGAAGUAUCAAGAGCUGAUGAAUUAAUGAGCAGAGUGAAAAUUGUUGACGACAUACCGCGUGGGCGUAUUGUCGAAAAAUUGUCCGUUGGCGGUAAAAUUAAGGAUAGAUCGCGAAUUGUUUUUGCCACCGGAGAAAAUAUGAGGAGCGUCACUGUCACUGCAAAUGAGGGUUUUGUACGUGCCGCUCGAAUGCAGGGGAUCGAGUGCAUGGUUUUUAUUCACGAACCAAGAUCAUUGUCUGAAAUUAAGGAAAAAAAUGCGACAAUUUGUUAAACAUUUACUACGUUUAUUAUCUAUUUUUUGUUUUUUUUGUAAAUAAAAACACUUGUUCAUAAUAA